AUGAAAAAGAAGCUUCUCAAGAUAACGGUGGUUGAUAGGAAGAAGGUGAAAUCCGACGUCUCUGAGAUGAUCGGAAGAUCCAAGUGUGGAACUUCGACUCAUGAGACACUUGCCUGCUCACCCUCUAUGGACAUCGUGUUCCUCUAUCCACAUAGUCCAGUUCCACAGACAAUUCCCCAGCGAAGACAAAUCAAUCCGGAUAUGGAACAUUGA